ACAAAAGGAAACUCUAGGUGAGGUCCACAGAAAUGUAUCAGUUCCACACAGCCUGAGGGAAAAUGAGAUUUCCCUGGGAAGACUGAGUGUGGAGGCAGGAGUCAUUGUGAAGUUUGAACUCUGACUAGGCAACUUCAGGAGAACCUGUCUCAAAGCAAACCAAAACCAAAACCAAACAAAAAAGACUAGGGAUGUACAUUUAAUUCCCAGCACUAAAAUAAAUAAUAAAUUAAUAAAACAAGAGUGAAUGAAUGAUUGGACUCUUCAAGGGCUGGCUGGGGAAUAAAGUCCUUCAAAAGCAUUAUGAUAAAGGAAAUGUACUGUACGGCAUUAAGGAUGAUUUGUGAGUUUUUCUUUUUGACUUUUUGCUCUCAUUCAGCCAUUUAUCUAUAUAUCUGCCUUUCCGUUUUCACUUGAGAGUGUGGAGAGGAAAAGAUUCCUCUGCCAUGAUCUUUGCUAUAACUAUGAAAUUGUUCUUUAACUCAGGGUCUUGACCUGGUUUAAAAUAUGGAAUAAUGGGCUGCAGUUAUUACCUUAGGGAAAUCAAGUGCCAGAUAACCUAUAUAGUUAGUUGGUAAGGUAACACAGCUCUGGUGUGGAUCCAUUCAUCCUAAAUAAUGCCCCAAGGCGGCUCACUUUGUCCCCACCUUCAAAGGUCCACUGGUACAGGCUGGUUUAGGGCCUGUGGCUUGCAAGCCGAGAAGGCAUUCUGCAAUCAGCAGCACAGCCAGCCAAUCGAAAAGCGUGGGAUUUUCUUUCCCUUACGAUAGUGUAUUCUCUAGUUUGCUUGAAGUAAAGGCGGGGUCAGACUUCAAUAUGAUCACUGAUUGAACGCAAUGAAAACUUCUAGGCCUAUCAAAAGAGUACGGCGACGUAGGAGGGACUGCGGCAGCGGGUACUGCCUGGAGCAGGCGCAGACCUGAGCUCGAUUGCCGGCUGGAGACCACGGUCACCUGGGCUUGUCAGUCAUGCUGGAAGUCGCCCUCAACCAGGUGGAUGUGUGGGGUGCGCAGGCUGGUCUGGUGGUGGCUGGGUACUACCAUGCCAAUGCAGCUCUGGACGACCAGAGCCCUGGGCCACUGGCCUUGAAAAUCGCUGGGCGAAUUGCAGAAUUCUUCCCUGAUGCGGUACUUAUUAUGUUAGAUAAUAAGAAACUGGUGCCUCAGCCUCGUGUGCCUCCAGUUAUUGUCCUGGAGAAUCAAGGUCUCCAUUGGGUCCCCAAAGACAAGAACUUAGUGAUGUGGAGGGACUGGGAUGAGUCACGGCAGAUGGUGGGAACACUACUGGAGAGCCGGGCCCACCAGCACCUUGUGGACUUUGACUGCCACCUUGAUGACAUCCGGCAGGACUGGACCAACCAGCAGCUCAACAGCCAAAUCAUCCAGUGGGUUGGUCGCACCAAUGGAAAUACCUGAGCUAGGGUCAGGGAGGCCAGGAUCCAAUAAAGAGACUUGGGCUGGUGGGCAACCA